AUGACGUUUCUGAGUAUGGCAGUGUUCUUUCUUCCAACUGACUCAGGUGAAAAGAUGACUUUGACAACUUACGUGCUGCUUUCGAUUGUCGUCUUCUUGCUGCCUCGUAUCAAAAAUACUUCCACCCACCUCGUUACGGUGAUUAUCAUCAAUGUGUACUUCCGUAGUCCUACGACACAUCGCAUGCCCCAAUGGGUACGGAAUGCGUUCAUGAUGUGCAUGCGACGACCAAAAUCCGCGUUUCGAAAGCUCUUAGUCCGUCCGAAGGAGGAUGUGGCUCAACUUCCCGGUAUAGGACAGUUCAGUUUCAGAGCGGCAAAGCAUCACCCAUUUUGUCCGAGUGCUGAUAGAAGGACUGACGCAAUAAAAGUUGUCACCAACGCAAACGACAUUCCUCGAGACCCAGCGACCGCGCCCUAUCACCCAUUAUCGCCUGAUGCACUUUCUGCGAUUGAUGCCAUCGAAUAUAUUACUGAUCAUUUGAAGCAGGACGAGGAACACAAACAGGUGAGUAUUGUUUAUUUUGCUACCCAGUCCGAACUGAGUAGCCCUUACUGCAUUACCCUCAGCGAGGGUAUUGUUAUAGCAAAAAAGCCACCGCUGGCGACAUCUUGUAAGUAUCGAGAUGACUGGAAGUACGUCGCCAUGAUUAUUGAUCGAUUAUUGCUUUACGUGUUCUUUGGUAUUACGGUAGGAGGCACAUGUGGGAUCUUAUUCAGUGCACCGUAUGUAUUUCAAGGAGUGAAUCCAGCGAGAAGUGCCUUCAAAGGCUCAUCGAUCUGUACAAGGCGGGAGAUAGCAAGUAGCAGGAGGUCAAUAGCUGUUGAUAAACACGGGUUGCUGAUGUAA